AAUAAAGUACUGACUAGUGACUACUGAACUGAAUCGUGAAUACUGAUAAUUUCAUUUAAAGUAGGUGUGGUGUCCUCAAAGAUAUUACUUGUAUAAACAAUGUCGGCCACAUUAAAACCGUAUUUAACGGCAGUUCGACACACGCUUACAUCGGCUAUGUGUUUGGAUCAUUUUUCAUCACAAGUCGUAGAAAGGUACAAUAAACCCGAAGUUGAAGUGGGGACAAGCAAAGAAUUGUUACUGAACCCAGUGAUUAUUUCUCGAAAUGCCAAUGAAAAAGUGCUUAUUGAGUCAUCAAUAAAUUCUAUUAGAAUCAGUAUAAUGAUCAAGCAAGCAGAUGAAAUAGAAAAGAUACUAUGUAAAAAGUUUAUGCGUUUUAUGAUGAUGAGAGCGGAAAACUUUAUCGUAUUAAGGCGGAAACCGGUGGACGGAUACCAUAUCAGCUUCCUUAUAACAAAUUUCCACACUGAACAAAUGUAUAAACAUAAAUUGGUCGACUUUGUAAUAUAUUUUAUGGAAGAAAUUGAUAAAGAGAUAAGUGAAAUGAAACUUGCUGUAAAUGCCCGCGCCCGAAUCUGUUCUGAAGAAUUUUUGAAGAGAUUCUAAUUUAAGUUCCAAAUAUUCAUAUAAAGACUGGAGGUUAUAAUACUGCCUAAUAGAAUGUAGGUUAAAAUUAAAAUAUAUACUUGUUUAUUUCAAUGGUUUAACUGGGUAAGUUACUGUUAAUUUUAUGUAUAGCCAAACUUAAAGACAAAAAUGCACAUAUAAAAAAGAGGUGAAAACCAAUUUGUCUUCAAACUUAUUUUGCAGUAUUAUAACCAUGUUUCAUAAUGCAUUUCUAAUUUAAAAAAUUAAGCAAUACUGUAAUAUUUAAAUAACAAUAAAACUUGUCUUAUA